GUAAAGUGCAAAUUUUAGGUCGUCUGUUGAUUGUUGACUUAUUCUUGUCGCUCCUUCGGCGACUUCUGUAGUAAUCAAUUGCACGUGGCAGAAUAUACUUUUUUGCUCGGCAUUGAUACUACGGCGUUGGUUCUACGAUUUAUUUUGGAUCACUCCAAGUGCACCUGAAUCGAAAGCAGCCAUAGUAGUCGUAUAAGGGUACGGAGGAGGGAAAAAAGUGACGGCGAUAUGAAGGAGGACUCCACGCAUCCAUUAAUUGCCCAGCUGCGUCCAAUUUUUGUGGAGCUGAAAAGUUGCACUUCUCAAACUCUAGAUUCUGUCAUUUUCAAGCUGGAUUACGUUGUCGAGGAGGAAAAGGAUGCCUUGUUUCACCGGAAUGCUAUAAAAUCAUCUUCAGGCCCUAGCGCAAAGGUCUUAUUCAAUUGGAUCAAUCAGCAAAUCCGUGAGCUGUUCGAAAAAGCAGACACGGAGCGUGCUGGCGUUCGCGUUCUUAAUGCUCUUCUUAACGUUGAGUAUAUGGAGUUAAGUGAGAAGACGAAGUUUUUUUCUGAAUUACUUGUUCGGUUAGUGCUGGAUACGGACGACGUUGUAGCUGCCACGGAGGCGGCACGCGUAUGGGGUCAGUUGCUAACUAAUGGUUCUAGUGUUACUGAAGGUAUAAUCGCAAACUGCCUCAACUUUGCUACGACUUUGCUGUUCCUUCCCGGCUGGGAUUCUGAUUUCCUCAACAAGAAUCCACUUCAUCAAGAGAUUUUUGAUACAUCCCGACUUAAUUUAAGUCACGAGGGCCAAUUUACUGAUUUUCCCAAGUAUACAAAACUGGCGGGAUGCCUAUUGAUCGACCAGCUUCUGUGCUCUGUGCCAUCAGCCACUGUUCCGUAUUUACAUAUCAUUCUAAAUGGUAUGCGAUGUGUUCUUAUUGAUUAUAGGAAAAUUGUUCGUUUGUAUGCUUCAGACAUGCUUUACAAGGCACUUCAUGUGACCUACCGUUCCACCGAUCCAGGGUUCUAUCACCGUUGGCAGGACGUCCUGCUAAAUGAUGUUUUAAAUGGGAUCAUUUAUGACACAGGCGAUAUUUUACACGGUGUCUUUCUCUCCUUCAACACUAUUUUGGCCUCCAUCGUAGCUUUCGAAGGAGAGGAUCGAGUUGUUAAUUUAACGCAACACAGUGCUUCGGUUGUUCAACAGGUGUGGCACUUCAUCAAUCAACACAUCGUGCCCAUAACAUUUUCGCAAGACAUCCGCAAGGCUAUGUUUGAUACUUUGCCUCGUUUGGCCAAGUACAACAUCGAAUUGUUUAAGGAAUUAACUCUUUCAAAAGUUCUGGAGGUAGCGGAUGUGUGUUUUACUUCGACUGAUCCAACAGUGACUGAUGAGCGCCCGAUGCUUUUCUGUACAAUUAGCAAGCUCAUUGUAGUGAUGCCAACAAUAGUGCUAUCGUUCCUCGAUCGUUUAGUGGCGUAUAUUGAGAUGUCCUUGGUAAAACGACCUAAUCGUGAUCGCUGCGAGGAGGCAGUUUCCUGCUUUGCAAUUAUGUCUGAAGCAGCCCCAAAUGCUGUGCGGCCCUUUUUACGGUGCAUCCUUGCUCCUCUUUUUGCAGGCAUAAUUACGAUAAGGUUCACGCAAGAUAUUGCUAAGAUCUGUACUGCUUUCCCCGAGUUGCGUUCAACUUGUCUCUCUAAAAUGCUAGAGGCUACCAAGUUGCAGCUUCAAAUCGCAUACCUUCGUCAGUCGACUGCAUGCCGUAAUAAGGGAUCCAUCUCAGCAGACGACACUCUGCAAUGCAUUUUAGAAAAUCUAAAGGUGCUUGCCAGCUUGGAUUUCACAGGUUAUUCGACUCUGCAGUUCUUGUCAGAUUCCGUAUUGCGUUACGUAUCGAGCCCUCAUGAUGAGGUGCGCCGUGCUGCUAUUGAUCUGUGUUUUAGACUUGUUCUAUCUGGUUGCAGUCAUUCUCCAUGCCUACGCACAGAGGAAAACUAUAUUGUCCACCGAGGUUGCGAACACAUACGCUUAAUUAAUACCGUCAUCAAGAAGCUUGUUAAUGCUGCAGUGGCUGAUCCUGAGAGCGACAUUCGUCUAUACACGCUUAACCGCUUCACAGAAGAAUAUGAUAGUACCCUUGCCCUGAAAGACAUUGCUAGUUCCUUGUUUCCUGCGCUGCAAGAUAAAUAUCAGAAUCGCAUUGCGGCGGUACGCCUGCUUGGUCGUAUAUCGUGGCGCAAUCCAGCGUGUGUAUACCCGAUGCUGCGCCGUGUGGUGGUACAAUGCGUCACCGAUAUUCAACUCUUUCACGUUGUCAAGAAGCAGGUACAGGCCACAGCGAUUCUGAGUGUAGUUGUAGAGUCAGCUUCCGAUAUGAUCCACCCGUACUUGUCAACGCUGUUGCAUGAUUGUGUGAAGCGACUGCGAGACCGCGACCAACCGGUACCUGUUCAGACGGUUCUUCUUUCUUGUGUGGGAAAGCUGGCGCGUUAUGCGGAGGGCGCGGAUGUGGACGUCGUGGCCGCUAUUCGUCCUGUUGUGGUGGAGCACAUUUUAGACUCCUCCAACAUUCACAAGAAACAGGAGGCAAUUCGUGCCUUGGUCGAUAUAAUACGUACAACAAAGGAAGUCAACGUGUACGAGUCUCAUCCGGAGCUGCUUCCGGUUCUCCUCUCUGCAUUGCAUGGUGGCUUCAAGGAAACGUGGCCGGUGCGCCUAGACGUACUGAAGCUCAUGGGAGUUGUCGGUGCGGUGGGCCCUGUGCGGGUGAAAACUAUAACGCGUUAUCUACGGGAUAACGGCAUGGGUGGAUCAAGUCCUACAGAAGCCCUGCUCCCGUUGAAUGGCAACCGUGAAGAAGAUGCCAUCGCACAAAGCGUCGUCAAAAAUGUCCUCAACGUACUUCAACUACCCUCCCUUUCGGACGAUCAGUGCAUGUGUGGAGUGCAAGUUAUUGCCAACGUUCUAUCUGUUAAGGAGUCCAUUGGGGACAGUCUAGUUCCAUUUCACCGUGACAUCAUCACCACUAUCUUGUACCACGCGUGCAAUCAACCAAAAGUGCGCGACCGACUCUUAAAUGUUUUAUCUCGCAUUGCGUACCUGAUGGGCGAACACAUUCGUCCUUAUUCCGAUAUGCUCCUUUCUACAGUCGUUAGUUUUUUGCCGUCUGCUGAGACACCAGUGCUGAUGGAGGUUCUUUGUCUGGCAAGUGAGCUACGUUGGUCUCUCAAAAAGGAUUUUCGCCCACACUUAUCCAAUUUGUUGCCUCCACUCCUGAUUGCUCUACAGGCGGAUCCAGUGAAUGCCGGUGAGCCCAUUUUUGCUUUUCUAAUCGAGAUGAGCACCCUUUUGGAUAGCCACUUGCACAAUGUGUUGCCGUGUGUAUGUGAUGUAGCGAGUAAUUCAAGUUAUCCUGCUUCCUGCCGUGUUGCAGCGGUGGACGCGCUCCGUCAAUUUGCUAAAAGGUUACCGCACUUAGCCUUACAUGCCACUCGCACUAUCCACUGUCUGUGUCGUGUGUUGAAAGAUUUGGAAGUAGUGGCCAUGAAGCAGACCAACACCAGCUCAGCGCACUUUCACAACGGAAUUAGGAGUAGUGAAACUUCACAUCUACACGAUCCCACCUUAGACUGCUUAGUUGGUGUAACUCUCGAUGCAUUGCGUGAUGUGGCACGCAACUUAGGCAGUGAUUUUGCCAAGUACAUCCCCAUGGUAUUUAUUGUGUUGGAGAUGUAUGGUAGUGAUGGGGAGGAAGUCAAGUCCUUUAUUUCCGCGGUGGUUCGUGGCGGAGGGCGUGUGCUAGCCUCGGACGUCCAGCGCACAGUUGAAGAGACAUCUGAGCGUCAUAGAACUAAUUGUCGUCCACCACGACGCAAGUCUGGAGAUGUUUUUUCCUCUCUGCUCACUGUGCUUAGCGCUCGUGACCGAGAAACUAGGGAGGAUUGGAACCUGUGGUUAAAGCAGAUAGCUGUAGAGCUACUUCGCUCUAGUCCAGCCCUCUCACACGGGUUUGCUUGUCCUUUGGCUCAGAUACAUGAACCUUUUGCGCGUCAUAUGCUGCACUCUGCUUUCGCCGUGUGCUUUGGUGAAAUGGACAACGACACUCGUGAAACAGUGAUCAAGAUGCUCGGGAACGUGCUGCGGAGUGAACGAGUUCCGUCGGAGGUGCUCCAGGGGCUAUUAAAUCUUUCAGAAUAUAUGGAACGAAUUGAAAUGCGUUUUAACCCUAAGCAGGGCUCGCAAGGGACUUAUCAGGGCCCUUUAUUCGAUCUCAAGACACUCAUGGACAGCAGUGAACGGUGUAAUUUGUUUGCCAAAGCUCUUCACUACGUCGAGAUCGAAUUCUACAAAACUACUUAUGAAUACGAACUGAGUGUCAUGCGAGGGUUACCCAAGCCCCUUCCGCCUGAAGAGUGGAGCAGUCUGAUCCAGUUGUGUGAAAAAAGUAUCUAUCUUUGCAACCUCCUUGGGCAGCGUGAGAGCGCUGAAGGGAUGCUGAAAUAUAUCCAAACCAAUUUUUCUUUCUUGACUGGCUGUGGGGAGGCUGAGCUGCCACGUAUCAUGGACGCGCAGCUUUUUGAGAAACUGCAGUGGUGGACGCAAAGUCUUCGUGCGUAUGAAGAAGGGCUGAUUAAAGAGCCAAACACACUAUCGAGUAUGUCAGGUCUCAUGCGGUCGUUAGAUAAUUUGGGUGAUUCGGGUAGAUUGAUGGAGUCAUGGAAAUGUUUCCUUCCGCGUGUCAGUCGGAAGGAUGCCGCCGAACUUGCACCGUACGGGGCCCGCGCAGCUUGGUUGCUGCGGCGCUGGGAUGAUAUGGCUCGAAUUACUGAGUACAUAACCGAUGAAGGCUAUGUGGGCACAACAGCGGUAUUCUAUCGUGCGGUUUUGGCGACUAACCGUAAGCAGUUUCGUGAAGCCGAGCGGCUCAUUGAGUUGUGCCGCAAGCGUCUUGAUUCUACGCUUUCAGCUCUAGUUGCGGAGAGUUAUGACCGUGCUUAUGAACUUUUUGUUGGUAUUCAGCAGCUCAGCGAACUCGAAGAAUUUGCCUUUGUUGCUCGCAACUCCAAGGGACUGAAUCAUUGGCAAAAGCUUUGGGAAAAGCGCCUGAGCGUUAUGGCGUAUUCAGGAUGGGCUGGCACCAUAGCGAAUCAUACCCUUGUGAUCCAGCCCCGACAGGAACUAGAUAUGUGGCUCCGUUUUGCCUCUCUUUCGCGCUUGUAUGGACGCAAGCAAACUUCAAGUGAAAUUAUAUAUGAAUUACUUGGUUCCCAGACAAUCAAGAGUGCGCUGAACCAGCCGACACCCCCAAGCCCAGCGAUCACCCUAGCAGCGUUUCAACAUCUUUACGAUACCCAACAGCGUGAUCAGGCGAUAGAGCUGUUGAGUAUGUAUUUGGAAAAAAUUGAAAGCUUCGAUGGAACAUUAUGCCUCGACGGAGGGGAAAAGAGCUUGGCGUUGUGCUACUCCAAGCUUGCUGAUUGGCUCUUGGUGAAGGGGAAGAACCAACUUGUUGACGGUAAUUACUCCCAUGUUUCUGACAAGGUUGCCAAUCAUUUGAUGCGAGCUACAAGCUUGGAUGGACAGAACGGUGCUAUUUGGCACUCAUGGGCGCGUUUCCAUCACAGCCUGGUGACGAAAAAGCAUCACGGCUCAGACAUCAAGCAAGAUGAAUUCACUGAAAACAUUAUCUCCGCCAUCGACGGAUACAUCCGGAGUAUUUGUCUCUCACAGGAACUAGAAGAUGUUCUAGGGUUUUUAUCAUUGUGGUUCAUGCACGCGUCGCUACCACAAGUUCGAAGCAACAACACUCUCCAGUCAGGAAUCCUCGAAAUUCCUCCGCGAGUGUGGCUCAAGGUCAUCCCCCAAAUCAUUGCUCGAUUGCAUUCACGUGAUGUGGUAGUGUCAGACUCGGUUUAUCGGUUGUUGGUCAUUAUCGCAAAAUCCCACCCACAGGCCCUUCUGUACAGCCUAAAUUUCACAAACAGAAGCGGUCAGGGCUCAGGGCCUGAACAGCUCGAGCGCAGAAAAGCUGCCCAAAGAAUACUCUCUCGAAUCGUGGAGCUGCAUCAUAAUGGAGCAGCCAUUGUUCAUGACGCUGCACUUGUAUGUCAAGAACUCGUGCGCUGUGCCGUGGGUUGGAUAGAGCUAUGGUUCGAUGAACUGGAGCGGGCGUGGCAUCAGUGGGGGCGCGAUAAGAAUGCCCACAACGUGUUGAUGGCUCUCAAGCCUCUGCUGGAUCAACUCAAAUCUCCUCAGACCUUGGCUGAGUCUCAUUUUGUCUCGGAAUUCGGAGAAUUUCUGUAUGGAGCAUAUGAGGCUGUAGAGAAGGCCGUAUCGUUAGGCAACUACAUUUUUAUGGAAGAGGCUUGGAGUCGCUUCAAGGUUGCUGUGAAGAGGAUGGACGAUCAGAUCAGUAAUAUGACUUCCUUGGCCUUACAACUGGUAAGCCCAAAUUUGCUCCAGCACGGUAAGAAUUUGUCUCUUGUCGUACCUGGUCAAUAUAAUGAAAAUGGUCACUACCCACGUAUUGCUUCAUUCCAGAGCAUUCUCAAAGUAAUCAACUCCAAACAGCACCCGCGGCGUCUGUAUGUAAACGGCACCGAUGGUGCUAUUUAUAAGUUCCUCUUGAAGGGACACGAAGAUCUUCGUCUGGACGAGCGUAUUAUGCAACUACUCGAUUUUGUUAACACACUGUUCGAAAAACAUUCCACCAUUCAACAGCAAAAUUGCAUGAUUCAAGUGUAUUCGGUUACACCACUCAGCGAUAAUGCUGGCCUCGUUGGUUGGGUUGACAACUGUGACACUCUGCACCAACUCAUAAAAACGCACCGUAUCCACUCUAGGCAUCUCUCUCGCGAGAUCAAUCUGAUGCUGAGCUACGGUGUGGAUCUUGACCGCUUGACGUGCAUUCAACAUGUCGAGCCUUUUGAAUUUGCUUUAGAAAAUACAGAGGGAAAUGAUCUGAUGAACUCGCUUUGGAUGCGGGCCCCCAGUGCUGAGUCUUGGCUUGACAGACGUACUACAUAUGUUUGUUCGCUUGCCACCAUGUCCAUGGUGGGACAUAUUCUGGGGUUAGGCGACCGCCACCCGUCGAACCUCAUGAUUCACGCUUUUAGUGGGCGUGUGGUACAUAUUGAUUUUGGUGAUUGUUUUGAAGUCGCGCAAACUCGCAGUACGUUUCCUGAAAAAGUGCCUUUUCGCCUUACCCGAAUGUUGAUAAAAGCGAUGGAAAUGGGUGGGAUUGAUGGGCUUUUCCGACAUGGAUGUAUUGCUGUGAUGAGUAUGCUAAGGGAAGAGGGGAGCAGUAUAUUGGCACUGCUGGAGGCUUUUGUACAUGACCCAUUAGUUUCGUGGUGGCGUGACGAAUCCAACGAGAGUGACGUGCACCCUUCCAAAGUCAGCGCUCAAGAAGGUCAUUCCCAAAUUACUGCUUACUCGGCUUUAGGGGAAUCCUUCAGGCGAUACUCAGUCGACUAUAAAGGAUGUGGGAGUAGCUUGCUCCGACGUCCUGUCCGCCAGGUAAGCAUGGCUUCAAGGUCGGCAUGGGUAGGAUCAUUGACACCUGGAACUACUAUCAGCAAGCAUUCCUCGGUAAACGACAGUGGUGACUCACGGCAUCAGCAGACAUCAAAGGCUCAAAAGGUGGUGCACCGCAUCCAACAGAAAUUAGAAGGCCGCGACUUUUUAGAGCCCUUCCCCAAACGAUGUGAUGUCUCAAUGCAUGAUGGUGGGCUUUCUGUUAAAUCUCAGGUGGCCCGAUUAAUUGAAGAAGCAAAAUCGAAUGAGAACUUGUGUCAGCAUUUCCAGGGUUGGUGCCCAUUUUGGUAA